GAUUUACUAGAGAAAAUGCUAACCCUUGAUCCAUCUCAGAGAAUAUCUGCAAAGGAUGCCCUUGAUGCUGAAUAUUUUUGGACUGACCCCUUACCUUGCAAUCCUAGAAGUUUGCCUAAAUAUGAAUCAUCACAGGAGUUCCAGACAAAGAAAAAAAGGCAGCAGCAGCGACAAAACGAAGAGAUGGCAAAGAGACAGAAAUUGCAGCACCCACAACAACAUGCUCGUCUGAUUGCUUGCUUUUGCAGGCAUGAUAAAGAAGGGAAUGCUGGAUUUGUAGUUUUUGAGUUUGUGGAUUAUGCUUUGCAUCCUUGUCCAGCUGUGUGGCUCGGGAACACAAGUUUUCUGAUGAGAGCAACAUCUUGAGAAUGAAAGUGGUUCAGAUUUGGACACUAAGGAUGUCGCAACCACUGUUUUCUUAGGUAGCUAUCAUUUUUAUCUUUUGACAAAUGGCUUUACAGUGUAGGCCAAUCUGUAGAAAGUUCACCUGGAUUUGGGAUAAAGGUUAAUUGAGAUUUGGGAUGGAAUUUCACCCACAACUUGAUUAUAAAUGUUCUGAGUUUGUCUCAUUGUGUUGAUUUAUGGAUUGACAGAAAAAAAAAAAUUGUGGAUAAUUUGUUCUGUAUACAAAUUAUAUUUAUUUAGAUAUUGUUUGGAAAAAAUCCCACGCAAGCUAUGGAACUGUCUU